AUGGAAUCCAGCAGCGUCGUAGAAGAGACGAAAUCAACAAACAAGCGCCAGUUCGGCGUGAACAAGGGCGUCGUAUCGAGGGCAGUGGUGAAAUUCCUCGAGCCCCCAAAACCGCACCCCUGCACCGCCUGUUUCGCCUUCCCGAGUACCUUCCUAACCCACAAAUACGUUCUUGAGAUGAUCAGGCUGACACUUAGCUCACACGUCGAAUCCUUCUACGUCAAAUCGAUUCAAUUCGUCGAUCGGAAUACGAUACACGGGGCACAGGGAAUGGAUAAUCGCUGGCUGGUCACUUUCGAUAGAAAAGAGGCCAAAGAGAAAUUGGUAGCGGUAGGCUUGACUCUAUUCAACAGAAAGUUGACCGUUUUUGACUACGACGAAAUCUUGAAAGAGGAGUACAAGGAGUUCAUCGAGUAUAAGAAGUUGAAAGAUAAAUUAUUUGCCAAGUCCGAAUUCCCGAAUUCCGAAAUUAACGAUACUUCUGCUGCUGCUGCUACUACAGCUGCUGCUUCUACUACUACCGCUACUAAUUCGACAAAAGUAAUCGAUGAAAGUAAUAAAUAA